AAAUAAAAAAAAUUUAUAAUAUAAUAAAUGAAAACAUAAAAUCAAAUUAAUAAUUAUAUCAAAUUUAAUCCUUUUAAAAUGAUAUUUUCUUUACAUGAAUUAGUACAUUGGCUGGGACUGACAAUUUUUGAAAUAUGGAUAAAUUUAGUUUCAUUAACAAUCUUCACUGUGUUAUUAGCUCUUAAGUUGGAUGAUAAUUAUUUCUUGGGUCAUACAGGAUGGUGGAUAGUAUUUUCACCACUUUUUGUUGCAGAUGGUUUGAAUACUUAUUUUUGUGCAAUUAUUUUCAUAAGAAUGCAUUUGGAAGGAAUGACUAAAGCUGCUAUUUUAAGAGCAUUAUGGAGUAUUAUAUUAUUACUUUUAAUAUUUGUGUUUAAAUAUCUUUUGUGUAAAAAACUAUCAGGUCAAAGUCCUUUAGAAUAUUCAGAAGUUUUAAGUCCUAUUUUUAUUCUUUUGCAAUUAAUUGCAGUUAGAGCAUGUCAACUUCAUUGACUAUUGCAGAACAUUAUUAUCUAUAAAUAUAAAAUUGCAAUAAAAUGUUCAUUUUAACUAUUAUGUAUGUAAAUAAUUUAUAUAUAUAAUAUAAAUAAUUAUUAUCAAGCUAUUC